CUUGCAUACAAAUCAACUGAGAAAGAAAUACAAUAUGGCGGAAAGACAAAUCUGGGCACCUUUUGCUGACAAGUACAAAGUGCACGAGGAAUCCUAUGAGUUCGUGCGUUUGAUGCUCGAGACUGGUAUAAAGCCUUACUCUGAACUCGGAGUCGACAAGGCGAGAGAGCAGUCCAGAAUGAGAUCGUGUCAGUUUGGUGGAUCCGUGGAGUUCAAAGGUGAAGAGCGGGAAAUCAUCAUCCCAUCACCUUACGCUGCAGAGGGAAUUCCCGCUACUAUUUAUAAACCGGAUACAGCACCGGAAGUUCCCGCCAUCUUCGUGUACUAUCACGGCGGUGGUCUGGUGCUUUGUUCCAGGGAGACACACGCAAGUGCUCUCAAGGUCAUAGCUUCCAGGAGCGGGGCCAUUGUCGUAAAUGUAGAGUACCGCCUACUGCCCAACCCUGAAUCACCCUACGCCCCGUUCGACGACGCCGCCGCUGCGGCAGAAUGGGUCUUGAAGAACAAAGAAGCCGUCGGAGGAAGGUUUGACAGUAAAGUGGGCGUCGGUGGGGACAGCGCCGGAGGGCAGUUGACGGCGAGCGUGACCAACGAUGUCCAAGGGCUUGACUUCCAAGUCCUGGUUUAUCCAUUGACCGAUACGCUGUGCAAGAACCCCACAUUCCAAGAGUUUAAAAACGUGCCUGGACUCAACAGCGACGCCAUCAAAUGGUUCUUCGAUAACAGCCUUUUGUAUAUUCCAGACUACAAGACCAACCCUAGGAUCAAUGUCAUGGUCAGAACAAACACCGAAUUAUCUCCUCCUGCUUUGGUACUCCUUGCUGAGCUGGACCCCUUACGCGGGUGCGGACUUGACUACGCGGAGAAAUUGAGAGACGCAGGAGUAAGCGUCCAAUGCGAGGUGGUCGAGGGAGUGCCGCACGCUUUCUUCACCCUGAUCACCGUGUUUCGAACCAAGACUAACGAGGCAUAUGAACACGUUGUCAAAUUUCUAAAGCAGUUUCAGUAAAUGAACAAAGAAGCAUAACCAAAUCGGAAAAGUAUAUAUUUAUUUUUAAAGCAGUUCUUUCCCUUUCAUUGAUAAGCACAUGGUCAGUAAAGAAGAGUCCUUUCUCACAUGGCAUAGCCUCUUCUAACUUUUGAAAUUCUCUUAUCAAUUAUGCAUACCAAUAAACAAAGGUUUUUCUUCUUAA